AUGAGUCCAGAGUUGAGCGAACAUGAUUCUAUUGACAUUAGUAUCAGCAAAGGUAACCUACACGUUGAGAAGACAGAUGUUAAUCGAAGUUUAUCGUCAUUGACGCCGACAAUCAAUUCGUUAGACAACAUCUUACGAAAAUGCGGUGAUUUCGGUCGAUUUCAACUGAUACAUUACUUUUUCAUGAAUUGGAUAUCGAUGAGUUUUGGUAUUACAUCGUUCUAUUAUGUUUUCGGUGCCGCGGAAGCAGAGCAUCGCUGUCGAUUACCCCACCAUAUCUGGCCGAAUGAUACACAAUAUAAUCCGGUUGACAAGAUGCAUGAAAUGUAUAUCAACAAAUAUAUCCCUAAGGAUGUUUCGGGUCAGAAGUGGGAAAAGUGCGUACAAUAUUCAGCAGGAAACACGAAUGACACACUUGUAAGUUGUUUGAAUGGUUGGGUGUACGAUCGUUCGGUGUUUGGAUAUACAUUCACCGAGGAGGCCAAUUUUGUUUGUGAAUAUCAAGCUCGAAGAAGUUGGCUAGCAGUGGCCAUUCAAAGCAGCGGCUUUUCAUUGUUAAUCAUCGGUUCUUUGGCAGAUAAAUAUGGUCGAAAGAAGAUGAUUGUUAUUAUUAGUAUUAUUCUUUCUGUUACUUGUUUUUUAACUCAAAUCAUUCUUCGAUGGAUGUCAAUCACAAUCAAAAUGAAAUUUUUUAUUCUACUACUCAAUCAGUUUGCAUCGGGAUUAGUCACAUCAAAUUUCAGUUUAGUAUUGAUUUUAAUGCUUGAAUUGACCUCGUCGGCGUACACAAGCUUUGCAGGGAACCUGGCAUUUAUUUCGUAUAGUAUCGGUGAAGUUUUAGUGGCACUGUUCGCUUACCUAACGCGAGAUUGGCAAGAUUUGAAAUGGGCCAGUCUGAUCUUCAUUGGCCUUGGUUUACCUUAUCUGCAUUUUAUGCCUGAAUCACCUUUGUAUCUGUAUGCCAAAGGGCAAUAUACGAAAUUAGAGAGUCUACUUCGACGAAUUGCAAGACAAAACGGUCGAACAGAAGCUGAAUGGUACCCACAUUAUCAAGAUCUAUUAAAUAGUCAACCGGUGAAACUAAUUUCUCGACAAGAUUCGAUAUUUCCUCAAAUCACUUCUCCGUUACUCAGAAAUCGAAAGAUAAUAUUACAACUUCUGAUCGUAUGUUUAAUGAGUUUAACACUACUGAUGAUUUAUUUUCAAAUUAGUUACGGUUUAGCUAUGAUGGAUGUCUCGCCAUAUCUAGCGAUUCUGAUUGGUGCUGUAUGUGAAGCAUUUAGUUAUAUCACAAGUUCUAUACUCAUCUCAACUAAACUUGCGCGGAAAGGUUCAUUCAUAUUUACAAUGUGUUUAACUAUUGUCUUCAUUCUGUUAAUACCGAUUAUGAAAGGCCGUAGUCCUAUUAUGACAAUCUGUGUUGCUCUAGCAGGAAAAUAUUCAAUAUCAGCGGUCACGGCAAUAUCAUGGAUAUAUGUACCUGAAAUAUUUCCAACAUCGAUUCGCAGUACGGCCAAUGGAUUUUUCAUUGCAUUUAGUCGCAUUGGUGCGAUUUUAGCACCAGUGAUUAGUACAUUAAUUCACAAGGAAUAUUUAUCGUAUACAUUCUAUGCUUCAUCAAUUUUCGCCGUUGUUGUUCUAUUUUGUUCGCUAUUUCUUCCUGAAACAAAAGAUAAACCCAUGGAUUCUGAGCCAGAGCAUCUAGUGAGCCGAAACGAGAUUUAA